UUGCUUCUCCCGCAAACCAGUUCGGAAAGAGGGAGAGAGAUGGGGAGAGUGUAAACUACUACAGGCUACUCUAGAGACAUUAGUCUAAGUACUACCCGGAUCAUUGUUUUCAUUAUCGUCUACGCAGGGGGUGUGCAAGACCAACUAGCCUAAAACAAAGCACCCCCCAAACCCGCCCCCAUCCCCGCGAGACAAUACACUGGACACUGCUGUAUGAGCGCCCAGCUCGGAGGCAAGAUCUUCGAUAUCCGAGGAGACGAGCGGGGGUGACAACCGCCUCCGGGAUUCUAUUUUUGGGGUCGGAGGAGGAACGCAAAAGACAGAAGAAAGAAGAGAAGGGUGGACAGCAGACGCAUCCCUAAUUCUGUCAUGCUUUCUCUCUCUCUGGAAAGGGAUUAACAUACUGCGGGUUAUGCGGAGCAUCGGGUUGACACGCACUGGUGAUGCGGUCCGUCGGGAGGUAGAGAGUGGGGACCAGUAACUAGAUUCCGGCUGCCUGACUGUCUUCGGCAUCCCACCACAGAUAACAGGCUGUGUGUAGUCAACACUUUUCAUUUAUUUAAGCAUUUCUUUAUUUAUUUAUGGCAAGGCAGUUCUUUCGUGAACGCGCCACUGAACAAAGGAAUUAAGGAAAAGACAUCGCGAAAAGAACCACCGAACCCCGGCAGUCCUAAAUAAGUCCACUCUCCUUUUUUGUAUGACUUGUCGACUACACGAGAAGAGGGAUAUUGUGUUAUUGGAGGUGCAUCAUCGAACCCUGCUCCCAAAUUUGUUUGGGGCUCUGCGUUGAGUCGUUGCGUAAACGUCAGAGGUGCCUGGAGAGUGCCAUCACAAGCUCAGAGGGGAAGUUUAAAUACGAAAUGUGACAUUUCUUAAAUCACCUUAAACACGUGACACGUGCGUCCAGCAAUCGAGGAUUUGUUUACAUCUCACAAGUCAGUGAUGGCCGGGUUCCCCGUUCUCCUGCUGCUCUCCCUGUCCCUGGCGGCGGGCGGCUCCUCGUGGGAGGACGAGGAGGCGGCGGUGCCCCUGGGCUGCGGGGUCCUGGGGCUGCGGAGGCCCUACACCAAGCUGUGCGACCUGGAGGCGGUGUGGGGGGUGGUGGUGGAGGCGGGCGCGGCGGGGGGCGCCCUGGCGGCCCUGCUCCUGGGGCUGGUGCUCCUGGGGCGGCUGCGCUCCGUGUCCGAGGCGGAGAAGCGCAGCGGCGUGGGGCCCCUGCUCCUGCUGCUGACGGGGGCCACGGGGCUGUUCGGCCUCAGCUUCGCCUUCCUGGUGGAGAGCGACGAGCGUCUGUGCAUCGUGCGGCGCGCCCUGUGGGGGGCGCUGUUCGCGCUGUGCUUCUCCUGCCUGCUGGCGCAGGGCUGGCGGCUGCGCCGGCUGGCGCGGGGGGGCCGCAGCCCGGGGGGGUGCGUGCUGGUCGCCGCGGCGACCGGGCUGACCCUGGUGCAGGGCAUCGUGGCGGCCGAGUGGCUCCUGCUGACCGUGCUGCGGCUGGGCCAGCCCGCCUGCCAGUUCCAGCCGCUGGACUUCGCGCUGGCCUGCACCUACGUGGUGGCGCUGCUGCUGGCCGCGCUGGGCACGGCGGCCGCCUCGCUGUGCGGGAAGGAGCGGAGGUGGCGCUGCAGCGCGGCGUGGCUGCUCCUGGCCUGCCUGGCCUCCGUCCUGCUCUGGGUGGCCUGGCUGGGCUUCUAUCUCUACGGCAACGAAGCGCUGGGCCGCUCCCCCGCCUGGGACGAGCCGGCGCUGGCCGUGGCGCUGGUGUCGCAGGGCUGGGUGCUGCUGCUGCUCCACGCCUUCCCGGAGGCGCACCUCCUCCUGCGGCCCGCCCCCCAGCCCUCCGCCCCCGACUACUUCGACACCUCCCAAGCCCCGUCCCGCAUGCGGGAGACCAGCUUCGACGAGGACGUCCCCCUCUCGCACCGGCAGUUCGUGGAGAACCAGAGCUACGCCUUCGACGAGCACAGCGCAGGGUUGCGUGCGGGGGGGAACGGGAGCAGCGGGACGGGACCCAGGCCCAGCGCCCCCUUCAGGAGCAACGUGUACCAGCCCACCGAGAUGACCAUGAUACUGAACGGGGGAGCGGUCCCGUCUGCACCCCCCACCUACACAGGGAGACAGCUUUGGUGAAGGGGCGGAGAGGAGAAGAGGAGAAGAGGAGAAGAGGUGCCUGUAUCCGAUGGGGUUGUUCAAAGGUCUUCAGAUAGGGGGAAGUUUUUUUUUCUGGGUACCAACAGGGUCCCCCAAAGUGCCGUGUACGGAGAGGCAAAGGAAAUGACGGUUGACGUUCACACUGCGGUGUGAGACUGGGACAAGGCUGGGACGUGAGAAACGGAAAACACGGGACUUGGGAAUCGGGACUCAGGGUUUGUGACUGGUAAUUUGGGUUUUGGGACUCGGGACUCGGGUGGGAAGAGGGCAGGGCUGAAAGAACAGGGUAAAAGCUAAGGUGCGCUGAAAAGUUUAGUAACUCACUGCAGGCAAGAUUUGCAUUUAAUUUUCUCCUUUUUAAAACGUCUGGAAGAUGUUUUAGACAAGAGCAGCAUUUUAGAGUUCAGAAAGCUGAUAAAUACAUUCACUUUUUAUUGUUCUAAAACCGUUAUAAAAGUGGUAUAUAAAAGCAGUAAUAAUCUCCAAAUGAGUUUCAGUUUACCACAUCACAAACAGAUGCUGUGGAAGAUAAACUUUUGUGGUCCUGACUGGUACUUAUUUCUGAAGGAGCCCAUAGUGAUAAUAUAGAACAGCUUUAACAGUAGGGAAUUACUAUCCAAAGUCUUUUAAUUUUCUUUUAGAUGGAGAAAAAAUUCUGGUGCAAAAGGGCCACUGUGCAGCAGGAGUCUAAUUUGAAAUCACACCUACCUGAGUCACACUGACGUCUAACCUCUGAGCCAAGGGGAAUGUUUAACCUCCCAAAGGAGAAUAUUACAGGUAGACACACCUGCCCCGCACCUGAACCAGCACUGAACCCCACCUGAAUCGCCUCACCCCAGAUCGGAUGUCCAGUCCGCACAAGUUUCUGGCAGGUGUGACCCACAAACUAUGAAGGUGGGGGGUUGUUGGCCUCAGCUCUCCACUUCCUGUUCCAGGGAUAGUGCGGCAGCUGUUGACUGUGAGCUGCGCAGGUGUUUUCUGUGGUCUGGCCAUCAGGAGACCAAGUACUGUAAGGGGUGGGAACAGAAUCAGAAACAGGAUUGCUGAAACCAGUUUCUAUCAGUUGUGGUCAAGCAACCAAAAAAAGAAAGAAAUGACAAGGCCUGUGUGAGCACUGACCAUGA